AUGUCUCGAGUUUGUCGAAAUCCACCAGCUUCAACUACUCGACGACCACCAGCUAGAGGAUCAAUACAACAAUCAACUCCUUCAAGACCAACAAUUAACCAAUCCAUAACUCGUGGUGCUCGAACAUCAAUACGUGGUACAGCUUUGCAUACCCAACGACCACAACUAGAUAGAGACGAUAUUGAUCCACAUAAUGAAAAUAAUGAAACAAAACAAGCACAACGUACCGUUCAUGUUGGUGAUGGUUAUCAUAUGUUUACACCAUCGACAACAAAACGUGAACAAAUGAGAAGACAAGCUGAAAAUGAACAACGUCAAUAUGAAGCACAUGUUGAACGAACACGUCUUCAUGGUAUUCAUGAAGUACAUCGUCUAGGUGGUGAUAGACUCAGUGAAGAUGAAGUUCGUCGACAACAAGCAGAAAAAUAUCGACGAGAGAAAUUUGAAAAAACUCAUCAGGAUCAAUUUCAAAAAAAACAAGAAGAAGAAAAAGAUAUCGAGGCUAAAAAGCAAACAGCACGUCAACAGUCUAUGGAAAAUGAAAAACGAAAUCGAGAUACUCAACUUCAUUCAGUGAGACCAACAGUCAAUCACAAUAAUCAAGGAGCUAGUGGAUGGACAGAUGAAGCUCGUGAAGGUGAUCGACGAGAAACAAUGGAUCGAUUUUUAAAUCGACUAAGUCAUCAAUAUAAUGAUAUGAAUAUAUCUUCCGAUGAAAAUGAAACAGAAACUCAUAAUGAUCAAUCAAAGUCAGAAAAACUCUCAAUACUUCGUGAUAUGCUUCCUCAUAUUGAUGAUCAAACUCUUGAAUAUCAUUUGGAAAUUUUCAAUGGUAAUAUUGAUGCAAUUGUUUCUGAACUUGCCAACUGA